CUGGAUGUUUGGCCUUUGCCAGGGUAUAAAAGCUUGGGUCAAGCAGUAAAGGCACCAGCACGAGCCAGCCUCCCUCACACAGCACUGCAAGCUAGACUGACGCAGAGUCUCCUGAAGCACCUCACCAUGUCUCAGACCACCAAGUCUGCCUCCAGCCAGGGCACCGACGCCAAGGACAAGGGAGUUCCCGCUCCUCCUGCUUCAAGCAAGGCCACCAAGACCGGAGAGCCCGGCAUGGGCUCGUUCAGAAUGAUGAUGUUCGACCAGGAGAACUUCCAGGGCAGGAUGAUGGAGGUCCAGAACGAGUGCAUGAAUGUGUGUGACCGCGGCAUGGACAGAGUGCGCAGUAUCAUUGUGGAGUGUGGCCCCUUUGUUGCCUUUGAGCAGACUAACUUCCGUGGGGAGAUGUUCAUCCUGGAGAAGGGAGAGUAUCCUCGCUGGGACACCUGGAGCAACUCAUACCGCAGCGACUGCCUCAUGUCCUUCAGGCCCAUCCGCAUGGACAGCAUGGAGCACAAGAUCUGCCUCUACGAGCUCUCCGACUUCAAGGGCAACAAGAUGGAGAUCCAGGAGGAUGACGUGCCCACCCUCUGGGCCCAUGGCUUCUGUGACAGAGUGGGCAGCGUGAGGGUGCCAGGAGGAGCGUGGGUGGGUUACCAGUAUCCUGGAUACAGAGGCUACCAGUACCUGUUUGAGUGCGGUGACUACAGACACUACAACGACUUCUGCGCCUACCAGCCCCAGAUCCAGUCCAUGCGUCGCAUCAGGGACAUGCAGUUCCACCAGAGAGGCUGCUUCACCUUCACCUCUGCCAGCAAGUGAACAACAGCUGCUGGUCGCCGGGCGCUGCCGUCGUAGUCACUGCAGCCCUCUCAGCUUUGCAUUUCUGCACACAAGCCACGUUCUCUGUUCACCACCAUCAACGCUCCAUCCCAAAGGAAAGACCUCAGAAUGGGAACAAAUACACUGGACAACUUUAAAUGACUUUUUAUGGUGCUAAAAAAUAAACGUGUAAAACCUGAAA